AUGCCGCUGCCAAACAAAAUCCCAGUGUUCACAGGUCUGACGGCGACAAUGGCGGUGGGUGUGCAACCGCGCUCGACCAUCUUGACGUCGGGCUUGCUGAAUGGCCAAAAGGCGAAAACUGAAACCGUUUCAAACGCGGCAAGAUUGAGCGCGAGUCGGCCCGGCACAACCGCUGGUGCAACCACUGCUGCUCCGACUCCUACGAAUGCUACUGCGCAAACAAGCAAUGGCAAGUCUGGCUCGGUGGGAUCCGCAGUGCAGGUGAUUGUGCGUCUGCGACCGUUGCUGCCAAGCGAGAGCAAGGAGCUGGUUUGCGCGCGGAUUUCAAACGGAAACACGGUCGAAAUGGACGACCACCGCAACGGCCCAAAGUCAGCCCUCAGCUUUGCAUUUGACACUUGCUUGGACGAUGCUGUUACCCAGGAGCAGGUGUUUGGGCACGUGACGCCCAUUGUGGACAAGGCGCUCCAUUCCGGGAUGAACGCGUCCAUUUUUGCCUACGGUCCGACCUCGUCCGGCAAGUCGUUCAGCAUGAUGGGUGGAUCGCAACCCGAGGCACGCGGUAUCAUUCCGCGCGCAGCACAGCGCAUCCUGGAUCAAAUCGCCACAAUGGAGCACUGCAGUGUCCAGAUGGCCUUUUUCGAAAUUUACAUGGAGAAAAUCAUCGACCUGCUCUCAGGCAACCGCAACGAGCUGGAGCUCCGAGAAGACGUGCAUCACAACAUUGUCAUUGCAAAGCUGCAAGAAACCACCGUGUCAACCUACGCUGAAUUUGAGGCACUGUUUGCAAAGGCUUUGACCGGCCGAUCUGUGGGCGAGACGAAACUGAACGAAGCCUCCAGUCGCAGUCACAGCGUCCUGCGAUUCAAGAUCAUCAAAAGGGUCAACGACAAGACCACUGAAGCCAAACUUUACUUGAUUGAUCUUGCAGGCUCGGAAGACAAUCGCAAGACUGACAAUUCGGGAGAGCGAAUGAAAGAAAGUGGAGCCAUCAACAAGUCUCUUUUUGUCUUGGGGAAGGUCAUCGACGCCCUCAACAAGAACGACGCGCGAAUUCCCUACCGCGAUAGCAAACUCACGCGACUACUUCAGGACAGUCUUGGAGGCAACAGUGCCGCGUGCAUGCUCACAAACAUUGCACCCUGUGGAGCAUUGUACAUGGACACUUUGAUGUGUCUGAACUAUGCGUCCAAAUCCCGCAGCAUUGUCAACAAACCGGUGGUGAAUCCGCCUGUCGUGGACGCGGUGCCGCCAGCAGCAGCAGCAGCCCUCAAACGUCCGAUGUUUGCCUUUAAGCGGUCGGCGGAGAACGACGACACGGCACAGCAGCAGCUUCGCAAGAAAACUGCCACGGACGACAACGCGGUCGCGGCAACCACAAAGCGUGCCGAGAACGCUUCAGCGGCCGGUCGAGUUGUGAAGGGCGGGUCAAUUGUUGCUCCAUUUGGCCAGUCCGCAAGUGUGAACGGCAUUGCCCGACCGGUCGUGGGCACUGGCCUGAAAGCACCUGCAGUAUUAGUGCAGGAGCGGCUCCCAGCCAAACCCCAGGACUGCAGUUUGGCUGCCGAGCAUGUGAUCAAAGCGCGCAGCUUCCAUGCUGACGGCAAUAAGCAUGGUGCGCUUCUCCAUUAUCGCAAAGCUCUGACGUUGAAUCCAAACCAGCCCGACAUUGAGAUUAUUGCGAAUGCGCUUGAGCACGAGCUGGAGCGCGAGGAUGGGGUUGCAUCCUCGCCCGUUAUGGCAUCCGCGCCUGUUACAGUUCUCCUCAGCUCAAUCGCGACAGAGUCUCCUAUUAUGCAAAGUGCGGUUGCGCGGCCUUCAUUGAUGCCGCCAACUGCAAUGAACUCGAGCACAGGGCAAGGUGCGUCGGAAAUGUCUGCUCCAAGCGUGCCCGAGACACCUGCGACAAGCAGCAUGGACACCAACGACGUCACAGCUAUGGGCGAGCCCGAUGAGGAUUAUGAAGAUGCUGGCGUGACAAUUGAUGAGAACGAUGACGAAGCUUUCUCGCCAAGAAGCCGCGUUCGGAGCAAACGCGGUGCGCCGUCAAAGCCAAGCAAGCGCGGCCGCCGCUCGAUUGAAGGAGGUGAUGAUGAAAACUCGGCCAUUGCUCGACUGCCCGAAAGCGAAGUGGUGCACAGGCUCAAUACUGGUGACUUGAAAGUAUUGAUGCAGUUGAGUGGAAUCGGCAAGCGUCGCGCGCAAACGAUCGCUCUAUGGAGGAAUGAAAGAUCGCAAAUGUUCCAACAAAUUGACGAUCUUAAGCAUGUGCCCGGGUUUGGCGAUCGGUUUUUGGAAACCUUCCGUCGUACAAAUUGCCAAGAUCCGCCAGCAACGCCAAUGAUUGAGUGCUGACGCAGGGACAUCGGAACAUGGGGUUGAUGUGAAUCGAAAUGUUGAUUAGGUUGAACGAGAAUGUUGAAACAAAAAAAACUUCGACAAAUACAAAUACAGUACUUUAAUGGGUG